AUAUAUAAAAGGCAGAAUGCUGCGGCGAGGUCCAACAGUUCAAUCUAGCUACGCCAUCAAAAGGCUCAGCGGCUAUCAUCAACACAAGAUCGAUUCUUCGUCAGCCCGAAGUUAAGUGAUCUGUCUUUCUGAUCAAAAGCAAUUCAGCCAAAGUUGCAGAGAUAGUGCCGAAUUUGGAGAAGACAACCUCAUUGCGAAGCAAUCUAAAAUUGUUUAGUGAAAGUGAUCCACUCAUUGAGCUCGUUUUCAUUGUCACGAUCAAGGUGUUAACAGUGUAGUUUUCUCGAGUAGUGCAGCCAAAUUUUGAAAACUAGUGAAACUUUAAAAAUACCCCGAGAAAGAAAUCAUGCCUGCCACCGGUGAAUUAAAUAUUGAUCAGAUUGUCGUUGAGGAUCAUCAUAUUUCUAGUGGUGCUGAAAGUGUUUCGGAGGACGAAGAUCACGCAAAUUUCCUGAAUAAGUGCAAAGCUAUGGAUUCAAAUGGAAGGAACGGUUUUGCUAGUGGAAGUAGCGACAACGAGGACCAAUCUGCACAAGAAUACGAUCAACAACAAAUUGCCAAUCCUAGAUUCUGCAGUCUCCCAGUUCGUUCAGUUCACGAGAAGUUUCUUCGUGAAGCCAUCGAUGUAAUCCUGAACGCAGCAGUUUUCAAUGCAACUGAUCGCAAAAAUAAGGUCCUGGAUUGGCGAAAUCCUGAAGAACUCAGUGAGAUUUUCGAUUUUAAGCUGAAAUCAACUCCGGACAGCGAUCAAAAGCUUCUACUGCUGAUUUUAGAUACCAUAAAAUACUCAGUGAAAACAGGACAUCCCUACUUCGUCAAUCAGUUAUUUUCAGGAGUUGAUCCCUACGCAUUGAUUGGUCAAUGGCUCACUGAUGCCUUGAACCCAAGUGUCUACACCUACGAAGUUUCUCCAGUUUUCAUUCUGAUGGAGGAAGUCGUAUUGAAGGAAAUGCGAAAAAUCGUUGGGUUCCCAAAUGAUGGUGAUGGCGAUGGCAUCUUCUGUCCUGGAGGUUCAAUAGCCAAUGGAUAUGCGAUCAGUUGCGGACGAUACAAAUUCAUGCCGGAGAUUAAGUCAAAAGGUUUAUGUGGUGGACCACGACUUGUCUUAUUCACAUCCGAAGAUGCUCAUUAUUCCGUUCAAAAAUUAGCCUCUUUCAUGGGAUUGGGAAUGGAUAAUGUUUACAAAGUCCAGACAGACCCAAUUGGCAAAAUUAUUCCAGAAAAUCUAGAAGAACAAAUUCUUCGCGCCAAAUCAGAGGGUGCUCUCCCAUUUAUGGUUUCUGCGACUGCUGGUACUACCGUUUUGGGAGCAUUUGAUCCUCUCGAGAAAAUCGCAGACAUAUGCGAAAAAUAUGGACUGUGGAUGCAUGUAGACGCUGCUUGGGGUGGUGGUGCAUUGAUGUCGCCGAAAUAUCGUCAUUUAUUAAAAGGAAUUGAGAGAGCCGACUCGGUCACCUGGAACCCCCAUAAACUACUUACAGCACCACAGCAAUGUUCAACAUUCCUUACACGACAUCGCGGCGUCCUGGCCGACUGUCAUUCCACAAAUGCAACAUACCUAUUCCAAAAGGAUAAAUUCUACGACACUAAAUACGAUACCGGUGACAAACAUAUCCAAUGCGGUCGACGCGCUGAUGUCUUGAAAUUCUGGUUAAUGUGGCGCGCCAAAGGUACUGACGGUUUCCAGGAUCAUAUCGAUAGAGUUUUCGAAAAUGCUGAAUAUCUCACGCAACAAUUGAAAUCUCGUCCUGGCUUCGAAAUGGUUUUGGAGAACCCCGAAUGCACGAAUGUCUGUUUCUGGUAUAUUCCACCGAGCUUACGAAAUGAGAAGAGGGAUGGAGAAUUCGAACAGAAACUACAUCGUGUUGCACCGAAAAUAAAGGAACGCAUGAUGAAGGAAGGGACCAUGAUGAUCACAUAUCAACCACUCAGAAGUAAGCCCAACUUCUUCAGAUUUGUACUGCAGAAUUCAGCCUUAGAUAAGGGUGAUAUGGACCACAUAAUACGGGAAAUCGAGAGACUUGGUGCCGACUUGUGAGCAAUAAGUACCAAAACGAGAAAUAGUUGUGAAAGAAUGAAAAGAAUUUCAAAUAGAGUUAAAUAUUAUUUUAUUUAAUCUUCUAUAUUUGCAUAUAUGAUUCUUGCUUUCUGUUUUUUCAAAGAAUAUUUCUUUCGAUACCGUAGAGUUAUGUACAUGCAUCCCAAAAUCCUAGAUAAUUUAUUUUGUAUUGUAAAUAUUGAGUAAUUCAUUUAUUGUAGAUUUUAUACUAAGUUAUGUAUUAGAAUAGGAAGUAGCAUAUAGACACGGUUUAUGUGAACUUACCAUUUUUAAUAUUAUUUAAAGUACAUUAUUUAAAUUAAUAAAAAACCUUUUGCCGCAAA